CACAGGUGAGAAUGAGGCAGAUAUGGCCGAGAAAGCAGCGGAUGACGACAGCAGUAACAGCAGCUGUGAUGAUGAUGAUGAUGAUGAUGAAGAAGUGAUCACUGAGUUUCGAUUCGUGCCCAGCGACAAGGUGGCAUUGGAGUCCAUGUUCUCAGCGAUGUGCGAGUGCCAGGCGCUGCACCCCGACCCCGAGGACGACGACUCCGACAACGACUUCGAAGGAGAAGAGUACGACGUGGAGGAGGCCGAGGCAGAGCACGGCCACGCCGACAUCCCUCCUCUACACCUGCACGAGGGUCUGUCGGCGCUGACGCAGAGGCCAGGCCACGCUGGAAGGCUGGGGAUGUUGGCCCAGUCCGUGGCCCACAUACCACAUGCCGGUGUCCGCACCGAAGAAGCCAACGCCGAUUGGAAGACGGCAUGGAGGUGGAUGCAGCAGCGAUGGAGGCCGGUCAGUUCGAGGACGCGGACGUUGAGCACUGAGGGAAGUCAUCUCAGCAGCCAGUGUUGCAUCAUGGGACUUGGAGGAGAGGACAGCAGCACUUACAGCAGCUCUUACUUACUUGUAAUCGUCUCACUAGUCUUUUGAAGCUUCUUACAUUUUCUCUUGUGUUGAAUUAGAGCUCACAUGUUGUAUUGUGUUACUAGUUUUCUGCUCACCUUCAUCUUUACUAAUUCCUUCAAGUCCUAUCAGUAAAGUACGCUGAAUACAACCAAGUCGGCUAAUGUAGACUAAUGAGAGGCAGCCACAAAGACCCAGAUCCUGUUGACUGUAAAAAAAAGAAGAAAGAAAGCUGAGUUUGUUUUGUACCUAACAGCCAAUUUAAUAUCUGAUUCUCUGCAAGGGGAGAGUUAAUGUCUUUGUAUGAAAUUGUCAAUAAAUGCAUAAUUUUUGUAAG